CAAAAUCACCGGCGGAGAAACCUCACCGAAGCAGCAAGUUAUUAUGGCGGGCAUAGUUACGCCGGCGAGAUCGCGACCGUGGAAUUCGUUAAUUCAAGCUAUACUACUGAUAUCACUAUCAUUCGCGCCUCUCUCCAGCGCCUACCGACCUGGAGAUAUCGUCGCGAUGAGCAAGAUGGGACAGUACCAUUCCUCGAGGACGACGUGGCAUGAUGUGAUCGGGAAGCAUUGCCCGAUCUUCGCCGUUAAUCGCGAGGUGUUGAUCCCUAUAGCGAAACCAAUGGGAUACACUGGAACAGAUCCUUAUAAGAUAAAAUUCCAAGUUGGAAGUGAGAAAUUUCUAAUUCACUGGCUUUUGGUGAUAAACCGAAAGAGCUCAGAAGUCCCAAUGAUCGAUGUCAAUUUGAGAUAUUCUGGAGGAGAUUUGCUUGGAGUCACUGCUCAAGUUGUCGAUAUGCCUCUUAGCUAUUUGAAUACACAUCCGGAGAUCCGCAAGCAGUUCUGGGAUCCUCAACACUGGCCAAAACAUGUUCUUGUUAGAUACACAUGGAAGGAGCAGUCAGAGAUUGAUGUCUCCUCAGGAUUUUAUGUCCUCUUUGGCUCAGCUCUCACAUUCUCUUUCGUACUCUCCAUUUACGUGUUACAAUCUUCACGAGAGAAGCUUGCGAGGUUUGUAAGAGAGACGGUUGUGGAAAGCAGCUCGAAUGUUGGAGAGUUUGGCAAGGUUGAGUGAGAGUCAUAGCCAAAAGCAUAUGUAUGUUCCUUACUGGCUAAAACAACUCCAGGAAACGAAGUGAUUUGUUCGAACUUUAAAUAGUCAAAAGCAAAAAUGUGUCCUUGUAAUAGGUUGUUCCAAACCAUAUCAAUUAACACAAUUUUAAUUUUAUUGUCUCCAAAGGAAAAAAAAAGUUGAGAACAGGGAAUCAUCAACUUUCAC